UCCCUUCACUCCCCCCCCGAGUAAGAUGGACGCCGCGUCCCUUUCACCACUCUCCCCUACCCCUAUGCAAGAUGGGCGCCGCGUAUUCACCGGGCGCACUUUGCAAUGGCAACCGACGUGAGCACGCAGGCACGAAAGACAACGACGGAGGCUAAGAAGCCGUGGCGAAAGGUUUUGUACGAGAAGCAAGACUACCCCGACAACUACGUGGACGCGCAGUUCCUAAAGGACUUGACCAAGAACGUCCGGGUUCGACACUACGAAUACUGGAGCGUGGUGUACGAAUCUGCCAUCAUAGCCCAACAGCUGUGCAGCGUGUGCGCGCUGGUGCUGGUGUGGUGGCACCUGUCGGAGGGUUCGCUCUCCCCCCUGCUCUGCGUCUGCGUUGGUCUCCUCCUCACCCUCGUCGGCUACGCGCUGCACGAGGCUCUCGGCGGGCGGGGAGGGCGCUCACGCCUGGCUGACGUCAAGAGCGCCACCUUCUUCCUGGGGUUCUCCUACGGCUUCUCCCCCAUCCUCAAGACGCUCACCGACACCAUCAGCACCGACACUAUCUACGCUAUGACGACGCUGAUGCUGCUGGGACAUCUGCUACUGUUUGAUUACGGGAUGAGUCCGAAGAGGGUGACGUCUCUGAGCAUGGCGGUGUUUGGCGCCGUGUGCUUGGCAUCGCGUCUCCCCACCGCCCCCCACGCCUUCGCCAUCACCGCCUUCGCCUACCAGAUCUUCGCUCUGUGGCCAUCCCUGCAGCUGAUCAUCAAGCGCCGGUGCCCGGCCACCCACGUGUGCGUGUCGGCGUCAUGGUCGCUGCUCUCGCUGGCGCUGGUGGGGCACGUGGCCGGAGCGCGCGCAGCGCUCGCUGCCCUGGGGCUCGUCGCGCUGCCCAUGCUGCUGGCGCCGCUCGCCCUCGUGGCGCUGCAGACCUCCAAGGACAACAUCCACGGACCAUGGGACGAAGCCGAGAUCAAGGACGAUGACAUCCCCAGCUUCCGGUCCUAGUGACCACGUGGGACGUCCACUCUCCCCCCCCCCACCACCACCACAGCUCCCCCCCCCC